AUGAGAAACAUUGACCCUUUUGCUCCCCCAAAGGCCAAGAAGAAGUCUCCGAAGAAACCGGCGGUCCCCAAGUUGAAGCCCAAGCCCAAGCCCAAGCCCAAGCCCAAGGACGCAGACGCCCUGACGGUCCAUUCGGUAGACACGGUUAGGAGCGACCAUACCGUGACUCCCGUGGUACAUAGACACGACAUUGAGAUAACCAUAGGCACAUCUACCACGUGGUCUGGCACUACUACUCCGUCAUCGGCAUCAGUACACUCGAAUAUGACGACCCCAACGCUGUCACGACUCAGCACUAUCGACAAGAAAAAAGACGACCCCGUCCACAUCACCAUGACAUCGUCGCCCUCGCACUUUGCGGCUCAACCGCAAGCCAUCGGCACCGUGGUAGCUCUCUACGACUUUCACUCCGACAGACCUCACUCGCUGCCGUUCAAAAAGGGAGACACCAUCCAGGUGCUGCUCAAACUCGACUCCGGAUGGUGGGACGGAGUCCACACAGCCUCAGGAAAACGAGGCUGGUUCCCAAGCAAUUACACAAAGACCGUCGAGCAGUCGCCCUCACAGCCAACCACGCCAAAGAAGGAAAAGAAGGACAAAAAUGAUACCACGCGUGACCUGAGAUCGUCGCUCUCGGCCUUCUCCAUGAGCCAGGACAGACAGAGCAGCGCGUCGCCACGCCGCCCGGCCAGCAGCUCGGCAGGAAACGCAAUCCCAGACGAACAAGGAGCUCCACCGUCACGUGAUACCACCCGAGACCCCAUGCUGCGUGACACGACCUCGCGCGACCCGCUAUCACGUGACUCGCUGCAGGCUCUCAACUACCAGAACACGCUCAACAACUUAUCACCGGCACACACCCGCUCCGGCACGUCGACGCCGGCGUCGGAUUAUGAGGUUGGACUGGCCAACUCAGUGACGGGCCAGCGCAAGGGUUCCGUCGUCAGUUACUCGUCCACCUCUGGUCGAUCCCUGUCUCCGGUGAUUGACUCACUCGAUUCGGCGCAAUCAACGGGCUCGGUGUCCAUCAACUCGUUGGAUCCCGCACAAGGAGUGUUGGUGACGGAGUUGCCUGAGGCGUCUCCAGCCAACCCGGCAAGCUACUGGAUCCCCCAGACAUCGUCCUGUGGCCAGCUGUACUGGACAGAACCAGUUUCAGGGAUGUACAUGACGUCGUUACCGUUUCAAAAAGUCACUGAUCCUAGUGAUCCUGGCCCCACAGAGUUGACCGUGGCGGUGCCCAGAGUAAUGGCGCCUCCACGGCAGGUGGUGGAAAGUGCACGUGCUCUGGAAACCGUUACGGAUUCCGUGCCGGUGCCUGCUCCGCGACUAGACUCGACCGAGUCGGCAGCAUCUGCAUCUGAAGCAAACCUCGUUCGUCUGCGUGCCAUUGAGGGCUACGAGCUCGUGCAUCCCGGCACAUGGGAAUCGCUGGAGCAGCUCAUGGACACUUUUAUUGAGGAGCAGACGUUUGACGCCUUGUGUAGCAUUUUGGCACUGCUUCAUCUAUGUAGUGACAAGGCUUUGAACAUGCUCUUCCGCCAACUUCAGACCUCGGUGGGUCAGCGAACGAUCGGGAUGUUUGCUGGAGAUGGUGAGGGCCCGACCGAGGCAGAUGCCGAGGAGAUUCUGCGGCUUCAGGAGCAGCUGAGUGAGUUUUUGACCGAAACUCGUAUCAUUGCUGGCAACAAAGACCUCGAGACAUUCAUUAAGCCGUUUGGCGCGUCGAUUGAGACCCAGCCUCCGGCCGUGCAGUCGCAAGCCGCUAAGGACUCGCAGAUUCUAGGCCUGCUACAUCAGAAGCGGGGCAUGAUUCUGUCACUGUUGACACAGCUGAGUCAGCAACCGCACGGCGAGAUUGACGAUUCCGUUGUGCUACUGCGAGCUGUGAAGCAGGCGCUCGUGAACACCACUGAGUCUGUUUUCGCUGUGCUGGAGUCCAUAGAUCUCGGGCCCCUGUCUAAAACCAACAAUAAGCACGUGCUCAUUGAUUUUCUGGAGUUCAAACAGCAACUGUAUGAGAAUUUGAGUGCGGGCAGCUAUUCAAAGAUCCCCCACACUAUGGAUCAGGCCAUUUCAGCCACUCUGGCGCUGCAAGAGGAGCGGGAAGCGCUGCACAACUUUUCGUCGCGUAUGAUGACCGAGCCUUCUUCGUCAACCAUGGUCGACGGCUCUCCUGCCCUAGGCCAUGUCAUUCCUCCACCUUCCACGUAUUCGCGCCAGUCGUCUACACGAUCGGCUUCUUCUUUGCCCUGGUUCAUUCAGGCUGAGUAUGAUAGUGGUUUGAUUCUGGAUGACAAGAACAAUGUGCGAGCUGGCUCGAUAAUCGCCCUUGUAGAGCGGCUCACGCACCACGAUUCACUCGACAGCAAUUUCAACUCUACCAUGCUGCUGACAUUCCGAACGUUCAUGACACCCCAUAUGCUUCUGGAGCUGCUGAUCCAGCGGUUCACCAUCCAGCCCCCCGAGGGUCUCACUGCUGAAGAGUUUGACUUGUGGGAGAGUAAGAAGCAGCGACCUAUCAGGAUCCGUGUCUACAAUAUUUUGAAAAACUGGCUGGAACACAAUUGGCUGGAGCCUAUUUCACCCGUGACACAUGAUCUGCUUGGUCAGAUUGAGACAUUUGUGUUGCAGAUGGUGAGUCAGAACUUCCCCGGUGCCAAGCAGCUGUUGACAUCCAUUCAGGUGCGCCAGAAGGGCGAGGAGCUCAAGAAACGCAUGAUCCAGAACCCUGCUCCCACGCCUUCUCCGAUCAUUUCUCGAAACUUUAAGCGACAAAAGCUGCAGGACCUGGACUCUGUGGAACUCUGCCGCCAGCUUACAAUACGGGAGUCCCGUCUCUUUUGUGCCAUCUCUCCCAUUGAGUGUCUUAACAAGGAGUGGAACAGCAAGCGUGGCACCUCUGGCGGAGGAGAGCCGUCGAACAUUCGAAAAUUCAUCCAGAACUCCAACUGCUUAACCAACUGGGUGGCAGCCUGCAUUCUGGCUGAGAAGGAUACCAAAAAGCGAGCUUCUGUCAUCAAGUACUUUGUGCAAGUGAGUGAACAGUGUCGGCAGAUCAACAAUUUCAGUUCAAUGACAGCUAUCAUUUCUGCACUUUACUCGUCGACGAUCCACCGGCUGAAAAAAUCGUGGGAGCUGGUUUCUGCUAGAACUAUGGCAUCUCUGGAGAACAUGAACAAGCUCAUGAACUCCACUCGAAACUUCAACGAGUACCGGGACAUGUUGCAUUUGGUGAACCCACCCAUCAUUCCGUUUUUCGGCGUUUAUCUGACGGACUUGACGUUUGUGGCAGACGGUAAUCCCGACUUUAUAAAGGGUGAGCCCAAGCUGAUCAACUUCAGCAAGCGAACCAAGACGGCAGAGAUUGUGCGGGAGAUUCAGCAGUACCAGAGCAUUCCAUACUCGUUCCAGGAGCUACCGGAGGUGCAGCAGCGAGUGGCUGCUCGAUUCAAGGAGGCUCCGAGCAUCGACGACCAGUACGAGACGUCGUUGGCACUGGAGCCUCGAGACAAGCAGCCCUCGAACGAUAAGAUGGCCAAGAUUCUCCAAGAGAACGGAUUCUUGUAA